CGUAAAUCUUUGUUUUUGUUUAUUUGGCGGGAAAGCUGCUAACUCAUCACUUUAUUUUUUACUGGUAGUUCAAGUUGCUAAAUCAUGGGAAUUUUAGGAUUGACAAAAUUGCUUGGUGAUCAUGCUCCUGGCUGUAUGAAAGAACAAGAGAUAAAGAAUUAUUUUGGAAGAAAAGUUGCUAUUGAUGCCUCCAUGUGUAUCUACCAGUUCCUUAUAGCUGUCCGACAAGAUGGCAGCCAGUUGAUGAAUGAAGAUGGUGAAACAACAAGUCAUCUGAUGGGUAUGUUCUACAGGUCAAUCAGAAUGUUAGAACAUGGCAUAAAACCUGUCUAUGUAUUUGAUGGCAAACCCCCAGACAUGAAAUCAGGGGAGUUAGAAAAAAGGAAAGAAAGAAGAGAGGAAGCACAGAAAGCAUUAGAGAAAGCAGAGGAAGCAGGAGAUGAAGAAAACAUAGAAAAAUUCAAUCGUCGUCUGGUGAAAGUUUCAAAGCAGCACAAUGAGGAGUGUAAAGAACUGUUGAAGUUGAUGGGAGUCCCAUUUAUAGAGGCUCCUGGUGAGGCUGAAGCUCAGUGUGCUGUGUUAGUUAAAGCUGGUAAAGUAUACGCUACUGGUACCGAGGAUAUGGAUGCUCUAACGUUUGGUACCAGUGUACAGUUGAGAAAUCUAACAGUUGCUGAAGCAAGAAAAUUACCAAUAAAAGAAUUUCAUUAUCAGAAAGUUUUGGAAGAAUUAGGAAUGAACAAAGAUGAGUUUAUUGAUCUAUGUAUUUUACUGGGGUGUGAUUACUGUGAAUCAAUCAGAGGAAUCGGACCAAAGAGGGCGUAUGAUUUAGUCAAACAGCAUCAUAGUAUAGAAGAAAUCCUCAAACAUCUAGACAGCAAGAAAUACACAGUACCAGAAGAUUGGAUGUUCAAGGAGGCAAGACGUUUGUUUCAGGAACCUGAAGUUACAGACCCAGAAACAUUAGAUUUAAAAUGGACAGAUCCUGACGAGGAAGCUUUAGUAGAUUAUAUGGUUAACAAGAAAAAUUUCAGUGAAGACAGAAUAAGGAAUGGUAUCAAAAAGUUACAGAAAGCUAAACAGGGAUCAACACAGGGCAGACUGGAUUCCUUUUUCUCUGUCGUGUCUACAACAAGUACAAAGAGAAAGCAAGAAGAGCAAAAAGGAUCAGCAAAGAAGAAAGCCAAAGGAAACUUCAAAAGAGGAAAAUGAUGAAGAAUUUGCCAUGAAGUUGACUAAAAGAUUUAAUGCAUUUUUAUUGUGGUGUGAACUUUAAACCACUUGUGAAAGAUUUAUUUCAUAGCAUUGAAACAAUGAUAAUAAUGAAAUGGAAUUAUCUUGUAAUCAUGUACUCUUGUUGAAUAUUGUUUUAAAAUUGAUCAGUGAAAAAGUAAAAUUGAUGUUCAACAUAAAAAUGAAUUUUUACUAUACACAAAACAUCAAAGUAGUGGUCUUUGUCUUUGUUUUUGGUGGUCUUUUAAGAAUGGAAAACAAAUAUUUUUAAGAAAUAAGUAUACAUAAAAUGUUGUCUAUUAUGUAGAGAAAAGGGUUGAUGUAGAACUUUACAUUUGUGUAACUUAAAAAAUAACUUCUUUCUGUUAUGCCAUUGCUUUAUAAAGUUUACAUUGAUGGUAAUAAAUCGUUAUGAAAACUAUCA